AUGUCAAACCAAACACCUUCAACCCCCGUCAAGGUACCGCCCUCAGCCGCCAAUCACUCAGCAGCGACCCUGGACCCCGAGCUCCGGUCACAAAUCAACACAUUACUACUCAAGGACGGUCACGUCACCAAGAUCCAAGAACAGCUCCUCCACUCCCUCCACGCAAAUCAAGCAAAUUGGCCGACCCUGAUCCAGAACCACGCCCUCAACCUCCUGCGCACGGGCGAGGCCACAACCUUCCCAGACCUCCUCCGCCGCGUUCUCGACGACGUCCGCCAGGACACACUCAACCCCUCGGCAUCAAACACCUCCCCCUCGACGUCCAAGACGAACGGCACAGCCGGUGCAGACAAGGACAAGGAUAAGGACAAGAAGAGCAACGGCACCACAAGCUCCACACCAGCGGCCGAUUCCAGCGGGCAGACAAGCCUCGCUAUCCCUGCAACCGUGAUUGCUGAAGCCAUCAAGGUCACGCAAGAAAGCCUAGAGGCCGUCUGUGAAAUUGACAGUGCGGGUAACUAG